AACCCUGUGGGGUGGGCUGGGGCUGAGAGAGAGAGGGACUGUGCCAAUAUCACCCAGCCGUUUUUCACGGCUAAGAUGAGAUGGCUCUCCCGAUUUCUAGCACCUUCAUCAUUGGAUGCGCACAGACAGUCUAAGAGCUGAGCUUCUCUUUGAGACCUAGAUACAUGCCAUCCCACUUUGCACCACCGUUAGAAUAGAAUAGAAUAAGGACUACUAGAAUAUAGACUAGACUUGAAUAGAAUAUUGAAUUGAAUUGAAUUCUUUAUUGGCCAAGUGUGAUUGGACACACAAGGAAUUCGUCUUAGUGCAAAUACUCUCAGUGUACAGAAAAGAAAAGAUACGUUAGCCCAGCGUAACCAUGUGCUCUGCAAAGAAAUGCUUCCCUUUAUCCGAGGAUACAGCCCUGAAUGAUGUCCUUGGUGACCUCUUUUCUUUUUCUCUCUUUCAGCUCAGUCGUGUAUUUCUUCAGUUGCUUUUACCAGCCCCCUGCCAGAAAAAACAGAUCCGCCUCCAGGUGGAUAGGAAUAGUACUUAUGGUCUUUGGGGCAGACUCCCAACCUGGACCCUCCUUGGCACCGUGUGUGCAGCUGGCAUUGGAGGGACCUUUCAGUACGGAUACAAUGUUUCUCUUAUCAGUGCCCCCACUCAGCACAUCCACAAGUUCCUCAAUGAUACCUGGCAGAGCCGUUACCAGACCAAGCUGAGUUCCAGCACACUGACUCUUCUCUGGUCCACCAUUGCUUCUAUUUUUUCCCUAGGUGGGUUCUUUGGGGCUCACCUUGGGGGCAUCAUGGCUGGCUGGCUGGGCAGGAAAGGAACUCUGCUGGUGAAUAACCUCCUUGCCCUCUUUGCUGCUAUCCUGAUGGGGGCCAGCUCCCCAACGGGGCUCUUCGAACUGCUGAUCGUUGGGAGGUUUCUGAUCGGAAUGAAUACAGGCAUUGGACUCUGUGUGCAGCCUCUCUAUAUAGGUGAAGCUGCCCCCAGACACCUUCGAGGGGCCAUGGUGAUGGGCAGUUCCAUCUUCCUGACGGGAGGGAUUUUGACCGGGCAAGUGAUGGGUCUAAGGGAGCUGCUGGGGGGAGAGGAACACUGGCCUUUCCUCCUCUCGAGCUGUGGCCUGCCUGCUAUAAUCCAACUCCUGAGCCUUCCCUGCUUUCCAGAGAGUCCCCGUUUCACAUUACUAGACCGAGGGGACGAGGCCAAGGGCAUCAAAGCACUGAAGCGCUUCCACGGUCCUCUGCACUACCAGAAGGAGCUGGAGGACAUCCAGAGAGAGAACUUUGCCCUCGGAGGGGAGAAGGCAAAAAAGCCCUGGGAGCUCUUUGCUGACCGUAGCAUCCGCUGGCAGCUGAUCGCAAUCAUCUGUCUGACCAUGGGCCAGCAGCUCAGUGGGAUCAACGCAAUUUACUUUUAUUCCAGUUACGUCUUUGCAGAGACAGGGAUUCCCCCCGAGAAGAUCCCCUAUGUAACUUUAGGUACAGGGAUGUGUGAAUGCCUCACUGCCCUCACCUGUGGCUCGCUAGUUGAAUCACUGGGGAGGAGAGCUUUGAUCUUGGGAGGCUACUGCCUUAUGAUGCUUUGGUGCAUCAUCCUGACCAUCUCCCUGACCUACCAGGUUUAUGCAUGGGCACCAUACCUGAGCAUGGCUUGCAUAUUUGCCUUCAUCUUGAGCUUUGGCCUUGGACCAGGUGGCGUGACAAACAUUUUGACGACCGAAUUGUUCAUGCAGUCCUCACGCCCUGCUGCUUACACCAUUGCAGGAUCAGUGAGCUGGCUGAGCUUCUUCGCUGUUGGCAUGCUCUUCCCCUUUAUUGUGAAGGGCCUGAAGCAGUACUGCUUCAUUGUGUUUUUGCUAGAAUGCAGCGCAGUGGCCACUUUCGUUUUCUGUGUUAUUCCUGAGACAAGAAACAAAACCUUUCUAGAAAUUAAGAGAGAAUUUCACAAGCUCAACUUCAGGAGAGCCAAAGAGCUGGACGAAGAAUCACAGGAGAGAGAGCAGCUUUGCCUAGAGGUCUAAGAGCUGGUUUGGAUUUGGGCAAUGAAGACGCCACCCCAAGAGGCUCUCUGGGAGCUGGUCCAGAGGGGCUGCACCCUUCGGAGCCCACCAACUGCCCAGCAGACCCUGGUGGAAGGCAGGGGAGUCUGUGCAUCGAGCUUAUCCAUCCCACCCCCCACCCCUCUAGAGAGCAGGGCCUGCUCAAUAAAGGACUGCUUCUCAUCUGGCUCCUCUCUUCACAUUUAGAACAGAGCUGAGCCAUGCCAUCAAGGGGAUGGAUGCGGGAAGAGCUGCUGAGAGUGAAGUUGGCAGGGUCGACAUGGCAGUUGGCCUCCAAGACACCAUUCACCGAUCAAGCUUGUUGCACACAGUAGGAGCAUGCUAGAAACAGGGACAGUUGGGAGAGAAAAUCAAGAGGGAAAGGCUCACACUGGAGAAUACGUGUUAGGAUGCCAUACAUAUUAUAAUAUGGGAAGAUCUUGGGUAGUUCUCUGGGCAGAAUGAAAACUCACAGCAUUUUAAUUAGGAAAUGUGAAGGAAAUAGAGGCUUAUAAAUAUGCACAACACAGAAAAAUUAUCAGAGUUGUGAGAACCCCACUGCCAGUAGGAGGGGACCCCACAUCUUGUUGGUAGCCCUUGAGCAAAGCCAGUCUUCAGCCCUGGUGUGGCUCCAGGGCUUGGUCACUCAAAUGGCAAUCAGGGCACAUGUGACUACGAGAAACAGUUUUGGGCAAGCGGCCACAUGCCCCUUUAGUCCUGGCAACCUCUGUGAAUCCACCCUAGCAUGCCCUAGACUCCCAGCUGCAGGGCUAAGGGUAGGACAAAAAGCCCCCCUUCCCUGGCCUCAUGCCUACCACCCUGCAGAGCAGUAACAGCUCUCCAAGCAUGGUC